AUGAAUUUACCGAAGGUUCCAAGCCUUGUGCACCAAAUGAACAAUAAUCUGCAAUUGAAUCAACCUCGACAACAAGCAUCAGUACAACAGCAACAUCGAAUUCCUUUUGAACAGUUAAAACGUACUAUUUCAAGCAAUCUUCCAUGCUUUUUCAUUCAAUACGAAAAAGCAGACAACUCGAAGAAUAGGCCAUCGGAUAUAUCAGCAGCACGGGUAAUCGAAGAUCAUUUCAAUCAACAAGGAAUCUCGAUAUCGUUUUCAAUAGUCGGCCAUACAGGUAAUAAAUUAAAAUUAGGAGUUAACAACAAAGAGUCGUAUGCAGCAUUAAUAAAGACGGAUAAAUGGCCGCCACAAGUCAAUAAUAUCAACAUCACCGUGAGUAAGCCGAAAUUUACUCCGGAUACCUUUGCGCUUGUGGUUGGAUAUGUACCUUCUCAGUACGAUGACGAGUUUGUCAAUGAAGAAAUUAAACGAUAA